GUGGGAGCCUUUCGGUUUCUUAUAAAAAGAGACGCGCGACGUCGCGACGUCGUAUUCACACCGGUGGUGGACGAGCAAAAACGUCAUACUCGAUCUCGGAAAAUCGAAGGGUGAAGCAUACAGUGUCGUUUUAAAAUAAAUUUUAUCAUUUAAUAGAUAAAAUAUCCUUUCUUAAGUUUUUUUAAGACAUUGGUUUUAUUUUGUAAAACUUUGUUGGAUUAAAAUUAAAGCUGCAAUGUCUUCGGCGAUGUAUGAAUCCUUGGGUGCCAAGGUUGCCAUGUUCAAUCAAUAUGCCAGCAAACACAAAGACAAGCAGAGCAAAAAUCCAUUCACAUCUGGUUUAAACAUUGAAAAACCAACAUUCUCCAAAGAGGAAUACGGCAGACCAGAAGCAGGUUCCUUAUCGGAUUUGCGUGGUCGCAAAGCGAAUGAUGAUAUAUUGAAAGAAAUUCUGGAGCUUUGCGAAAUUAUUAGUCAGGAAGGUACACCCUGUCGGGAUCAACCUGACGUAAUUGGCAUCACGUUUGGUGACAUCUUCAAUAUUUAUACUAAUAUUAGUAGUAAAUGCGUUGGCCUAUUAUUGAGAGCGAGGAAGCAGAAGUAUUUAGAAUUCGAAGGCGAAUGCCUUUUCCAGAGGAGAGACGACGACGUGCCGAUAUUUUUAGUCAAGCCCAUCGAGGAAAUUCGUAAGGAGUAUAAUCAGCGACUGGAAGAAACCCGGAAGAAUUUACUGGACAGUUAAUGUAAAUGAUAGAAAAUUAAUAAUUAUAUAAUAAUUAUUAUCUAAUUAUUAAAUAAUUAUUAUUUUCUAAUUCUAUUAAUAUUAUCUAUCCUCGAAAGAACAUUCGCAGUCUGUAUUUAUUCGCCUAUAUUUUAUAGUAACACAAAUGACCAUUGUAUAAUAUACGAUUUGUUGUAUUCUUCUCGUUUCUUCUCGGAUUUUAUACAAGAAUGAGUGGAAAUCGAUGAUAUUAAGAAUGGAUGAAUGUAAAUGGAUGUAAAUAUUUCAGGAAUAGUGCAAAUGAGAUAUGUUAAUGCGAUAAAAUGAUCAGUACGAUUAAUACAAUUUUUAUGGAACAUCUCUUUGAGACAGUCAUCUUUGUAUAAAUAUAGCGCGUAAUAAAUAAUUAAUACAUCUUACAUAUAUCUCUCACU